CUCCCAACUCAAGCCCCUGCGUUUAGGCCUUUAGCUACUUCUGCGACUCCCACUCUCCCAGCAAGCACUUCAGUGAAUUUCCCCUCCAGCGACAGUCAACGAAGGUCGCCGCUGCCCGCCGUGUCUAUAGUCCUGGACGGCUCAGUGGCUCACGGCUGGAUUUGCAACUUCUUGGUUAUUGAUCGUCUUAUUCAAGAGAUGAGUAAUCGCUUUACCGAGUCAAGUUCAGAGCUAUUAAUGUGCAUAGCAUCAUUAAGUCCGAAAGACUCAUUCUCCAAUUUUGAUGUGAAGCGACUUCUUCGUCUUGCUAAGUUAUAUCCAGAUGACUUUAGUUCAAGAAAUAGAUUUGAACUAAAUGAACAGCUUAGAGUGUUUAUUACGUUUGUGAAAUCAUCUCCACAAUUCUCAGGCCUACAAUGUAUUGGAGAUUUGGCAAAAACAUUGGUUAAAACAGAGUGACACACAACUUAUAAGUUAGUGUACCGACUCAUUCAAUUGGCAUUGGUUUUACCUGUUACAACAGCCACAGUUGAAAGAUCUUUCUCGACGAUGAAGUUUAUCAAGAAUGAUUUGCGCAACAGGAUGGGAGAAGAAUACUUGACAGAUUGUCUGGUGUGUUACAUUGAGAAAGAUGUAUUUGUUAAAAUUGAGAAUGAAGUCAUUAUGAAGCGAUUUCAAAGUAUGGCACCUCGAAGACAAAGAUUGCCGCCUCUCAAUGAUUCUCCUUCAUUUGACACGUCAAGUUCUAAUCAAAAUUAAGGUUUGUGGGAGAGAUGGCAGAUCUUCAAAGCGACAGAUCACUUUGACGAGAGGUGGCAGAGUGUCUGGAUCAUCAAUGUAUUGUGGGACGUUCUUGCAUUUGUCCUAUUGUGUGUCAUACUGCUUCUUUUGGACACCUUCUAAGAGCUGCCAAAGGUAAAAUUUUCUACGACUGGCGACUCACUUUAUUGUUAACUGGUUAUGCUUGGAACAUGGGAGAUGUUUAGGGAAAGGGAUGGAACAUUAAGUUAAAUAAUUUUAAAUAACAAGGGGAAACAAAAAAAAAGCAAUUAACUUUAUUUUUUAUUUUUGAGAUAAGGGUCAGAUAGGGUCUCGAACUUGAAAAAAAAUGUCAAAUAAGGCCAUAUUUAGGAUGUUCUGUCCGGCUGACGCCAUUUGGGGUGGUUCCCGGUAUAAUUUUUUGAUGAAUUUUUUUGAGAAUCUUAUUCAUUAAGUCUAGUUUACUCAUAUCAAAUUUGAACUAAAAAUUUAAUCGGGAAGGCAUUCAAAUGAAUUCUUGAAGAUAAUUGUACCGUUAAAAGCGCAGUUAUCUUCAUGAAUUCAUUUGAAUGCCUUCCCGAUUGAAUUGUUAGUUCAAAUUUGAUAUGAGUAAACUAGACUUAAUGAAUAAGAUUCUCAAAAAAAUUCAUCAAAAAAUUCAUCCGGGAACCACCCCAAAUGGCGUCGUCCGGACAGAGCAUCCUAAAUAUGGCCUUAUUUGACAUUUUUUUUCAAGUUCGAGGCCCUAUCUGACCCUUAUCCCUUUAUUUUUUGUUUUUCACAUAUAUUUGUAUAUCUUAAUCUCUAUAUAAUAGAAAAAUAGAAAUCAGUAAACUGAACUAUCAAGAUUGAAAUAAUUAAUACACGUCCCUAGCUGUAGAUAUUGCUCAUAAUUUUCUUACUCUCUUUUGGUUCAAUGAUCUAUACACUUUGCACGAUUAGACUGAUUUCUGCUUAUUUGGACCCAACAAAUCCCACUUCGAAGGAAAGAAUGACAACCAGUAGAAUAUAAGAACUGGCUUUGCUCUCAUGGAGACUGCGAUUCCUUCCCUUCAAUGUUCUUUUAUUCAAACUCUGUGCAUGUGAUAGUUAUACUAACUAUAUGCACUAAAUUCCAAUAAAAAGAUGGGAAAUUUUCAGCUUUAUGCCAACAUGCACUUUUAGACCUUACUCUGUUUAUUAAUUCUGUUUAAAUAAAGGUCGAGCUUUAUACCAGAUUUCACUACUUUAGCUAAUCUGAAAUAAGUUUACACCAAUGAAUUAGCAUAACUGGAACAUUUCCUAUUAUUGGGAUAUUUUGAUAAUAUCACUUUUAUUGAAUUUGCCUUUAUUGGAGAUUAAUUUAAAUUGCUUUGUAAGUUUUAAAUGUUCUAUUAAGGUUGAAGACAUUGUUGGAAGUUUCGAGCUCAAUGUGUUGAACACUUGAACCUGUGAGGCAACAUCGUUCUCUGCCUGAAGUUGUACGUAUUUAUACUUGUGUAUAUUGGUAUAGUUGUGUCUUCUGACUCUAUUUCCUUAUGAGAUAAGUCAAUAAUCAAUAUCUUUAUUCAUUGAUUAUCAUUGUAUGCUGUGUUGAAACAUUUAUUUACAGUUCACUAAAUGAAAGUUAAUACAAUGGUCGUAGAAAUUCA